AUGGAAUUGAUUCUUCUGUCCGAGUCGACGGCGCCUAAAGCGAUGGUGGACGAUGAAGACGUCUUCUUUAUCGUCUCUUCGAAGGCCCUCUUCGUCUACGUCGGUGGAAAGUGUUCGAAAGACGAAAAGCGAAACGCUCUGUCGAGAGCACAUGUAAGCAUGCCCUCCCUCUUGUCUUCUUGCCCAUCUCUCCUCCUGCUCCCCCUCCUCCUCGUCAGUAACUGGGCGCCAGGAGCCGUGAAACACUCUCGCCACGGUCGCACGUCAUGUCCGGCCAUCGGGACACGGACAGCCGAAUUCGACGACCCACUCGCCGACGGUCGCGCUGUCCACGAGCCAUGGAAGCAUCAAAGCCCCUUUCAGAUGGCACCUGCUCCACGCCAGACAGAACGUGUUUCCGCUUGGGCACGAGUGUGCGACAAGCCCAAUCUUCUGCUCACAACAUCAACUUCGAGUGUACAGUUUGGCAGUGAUGUCCUGCCCUCCCUUCUUCGCCUCGUGCGACAGUCCUGCGUUGAGCUGGAACUACACACUUUUGGCCUCAUGUGGGCCUGCCUUGCCUCAGGCAAGUAUGGCCGCGCCAAGUGGGCAAACAAGUCUGGGAUGAAGCAAACAUGA